GAAACAAUUUUUUGAAUUUUUGCAUUACGUUACUGAAGAGCUUUUAAAUUUUUAUGCUAUGUCGUAAGAAAGUUAUAAUCUUGCAACUUAAAAUUUUGUAUGGUGUAUUGUUUAUUUCUUUAGAUAAUAAUAAUUAAUGCAUUACAUAAUUGUAUUCUCAGAAUGUAUGAUAAUCAGAAUUACUUCAUAUUCAUUGUACACAAAGUACUUAAGUAAUAAAAUUAUUAUUGAAUUCUUCAGAAAAUCAAUUUCAAAUAAACUGGAUAUCACUGGUCAAGUAAAUUGGUUACUUCUGUUACCGUGAAACUAGCAACUUAUCGAUUUAACAAGAGAGAUCCCCAGCCAUUUUUGAUGUAACGUUGAAGAAUUCAAAUUAUUCGUGCAACGAUUCGUAAUUUUAGUUGAUAAAAAUGCAACGAGCAAGAAAAAAAAAGGGUAAAGGUAAAAGAGCGAAGAAAGUAAAAAAGAGGUGUUUAAACGAAAGGGAGACCUUGUCAUACGAACAGGAAAUAUUAGAAAACAACAGACAGUUGGCACGAUUGAGAAGUCGAAACGAAGAAUUAGAAGAGCAAGCAGAAAUUGCGAAGGAGAAACUCCGACAAUUGGAAGAGGAUCGCGCGGAUGUGAUAGCGUAUCUGAAGAGAAAUUUGGAAGAGAAGGGACUAGAAACGAAAGAGCACAAUGAACGGCUCUCAAUCUUGGAAGAACUACGAAAGGAGGAAUUGGAAGCUUACAAGAAAAAGGAGGAUGCAAUGGAAAUGGAAUACCGUCUUAUGGAGAGCAAUUUGAGCGCCGAAGUUAAAUUGACUGCCGGUAAAUUAAAUGCGCUAGAAGAUUGGAGACUAGCACGUCUUGAUUUGAUGCAGAAAUAUGAAAAGCAGGAAUUAGAAAUGGCUGAGCAAGAUAAGCGUCACAGAGAAACACUUUAUGAAGCUGAGAAAAAUGCUGUCAUUGGGAAAGCAUUGAUGCAGAAGGAAAUGACUGAACGUUUACAUGUUCUAUCUGAAGAACUUCGCAAAUCAACAACUCUACAAAUGGCAGAAAUCAUGCAUCGUGUGGUUCAGGAAAAUGUGGCAUUAAACAGAGAACUUGAUAACAUGUUGGAGAUCAACAAUGAACUUGAAAGUGUUAACAUUGAAUGCAAGAAAGCUGAAGAAACAUUAAGACUGAAGAGUCAACUAUUUGAAACUGAGUCAAAAAUGACAUUGAAAACAGUGUUGAAACAGAGAGACAUUAUUCACAAAAUGGCCAAUGAUUUUGAAGAAUUGUUGCUGUAUUAUGCACAAGCAGAGAAGUACAAUAAAAGAUAUUCUGAAUUACAAAAGAUUUUGGAUAGUAUUGUUGAACGAACUAAAGAGAAAGAAGAUAAACAAAUUCCAGCUCUCAAAAAAGAAAUUUUAAUAGCUCUGAAUGAUAAGCAAAAGUUGUUAGAAGAAGUUCAGGAAAAGGAAAAACAAUUGAAAGCAUUAAAGGGUAUUAUAAACCGUGUUAAAAGUCUUUUUGAUGAAGCUUCACAAAUUACACAAGAUGCUAUUAAUAAAGAACAACUCAUUGACUGUAUAGGUGAAAAAUUGUUACAUUCUCUUAAUGAAAUAUUACAAACUGAAAAUCUUAUUGAUAUAAUAGAAUACUCUCCAUCGGAGGUUGAAAACAUUGAUUGUCAAUACAAAACAGGUUGCUUAGGACUUAUUGAACCUUUAGAUCCUUGUAGCUGCGAUAAAAAAGACAAGGAAGAAAGCAUUGAAGAGACAGUGUCACAAAUGUCUCUGGAGGAUUUGGAACAAAGGGUACCAUCCUGUGUAUUAAGUAUUAUUAGUUCCAGUAUUGCAUCCCCUAAAGAAGAAACUUAAUUUAUAAAAAUGAAAUGAGAACACAAUUAUUUAUUGUAUCAUAAUAAAUUUAGAAAUGUGGAAGUAUUUCGAAAGCCUCAUUCUAAUUUUGGAAAUUUACAUUUAGUAGUAUUUUCGGAAUAAGCGCGCGUAAAUAUAACUCUU